AUGUCGCUGUGCACCAAACAACCACCAACCACCCCAUGCCGAUGUAAAGCAGAACAAGAAGCUGAUUGUUGUUUCUCACCAACCCAUUUUCAAGCAAACAGUGUCGUCUACAUCAGUGGCGCCGGAUCAGGGAUCGGCCGCGCCUGCGCGCUGCAAUUCCUCGCCGACGGGGUGCAGAACUUCGCGCUCGUCGACAUCGCCAGUGAGCCGCUCAAGGAGACCUCAGACCUCCUCUCAGCCCGCAAGCCGGGCGUCAAGGUGCUGACUCUGGUCGCCGACCUGGCCAACGAGGACGAGGUCAAUCGCGUCUUCUCCGAGAUCCGCAGCCAGCUAGGGAGAUUGGAUGUGGCCGUCAAUUCGGCGGGCAUCCCCGGCACGUAUCGCCGGAUUGAGCAGUUGAGCAGCGCGGAUCUGGACAAGGUCUUGAACGUCAACCUCCGGGCGCUGUGGCUGUGCGAGAAGGCGGCGAUUCAGCAGUUCAUGACACAGGAAGAAAGACCGGUCACAACUGGUCAAGGUCUCACCACUCGAGGGAACAUCGUGAACAUCGCAUCGAUGCUGGGGACCAUCGGCAUGCCUUUUGCCUCGCCCUACGUGAUAUCGAAACAUGGCGUGGUUGGACUCACCAAGACAGAUGCCCUCGACUAUGCCACCAAGGGUAUCCGAGUCAAUGCCGUUUGUCCAGGAUUCGUCAAGACGAACCUCCUCAGCGAGAAGGGGUGGGAAAUGCUUUCGCCUGUAAUCUCUGCCACGCCAAUGGGCCGGCUGGGAACACCUGAAGAAGUCGCCUAUGUCGUGACGUUUUUAGCCAGUGAUCGGGCGAGCUUUAUCACUGGUUCCAGCAUCAUUGCGGAUGGUGGUUAUACCGCGAAAUAA